AUGGCUCGGCAUCAUCUCCAGCGUUUCCCAUCUCCGUCGCCUUCCAUCUCCCUGGCCAUGCACCUGGCUGGGGUUGCGGCUCUGGGUAAGGCGUUCCAGUUCUUAUUCAGCUGGGACACUCCCUUGGCCAAGUCGCAUGGAUGGUACUUUCAAUUCCUGACCAUCAUUGGUCUAACACUGUCUCUUGCGGUCUUUGCGCUGGCUGCUGUUGCUGAUGUCACGGGGAGUACGGCAUUAUUUGAGCUUAAGAACCUCAUAUCAAUCGUCGCUACUCCCCUCGAAGUCCUCGUGUCCACCUUGUACUGGGGUAUAUGCGCAAUCGACACUUCUCUAAUUGUCCCGCCUGGGUUUGAGCUAUCGACCUGGGUAAACAUUGGCUUCCACUUGGCGCCUGCUGUUCUUUUGACUCUUGACUUGAUCCUGUUCAGUCCGCCAUGGACUAUCUCGGGCUACAGCAUGAUGUCGGUGAGCACCGUAUUCGCCUUUUCGUACUGGUACUGGGUUGAGAUAUGCUUUAGCAAAAACGGAUGGUACCCUUAUCCCAUGUUCGAGCUGCUUACCACAGGCCAGCGGGUUUUGCUCUUUACGUUUUCAGCUGGUCUUGUGACGGCCUUCUCUAGCCUCUUGAGCUGGCUCUAUGGUGUGGUGAAUGACAAUGAGCAAGCUCGGCGGGAAGCUCUCAAGCCCCUUAGAAAAGUUCAGUAA